AUGGAUGAAAGAGAUAAUGUAAAUAGAAACGAUAUGCCAAUAAUACUACUAGUCAUAAUCAUCCCAUCAACAACAAGUUCAGCAGCCUCUGAUGACAGCAAAAUAGUAAUCUAUGAUGAAAAGUUAUCAGAUAAAUUCUUUAUUACAUCAUCACCUCCAAUCAAUGUACAAAGCACAAAAGUUCCCAAUGGAAACGGUAACCAUUCCAUAGAGUUUGUAAAUAGUUUUUAUAUUUUUUCUAAAAACGAUCCAAUCAAAAACCUUACCUUUGACAGAACAACUCAUCGUUUUCUUUCCUUUGAUGUGAUGACAACAUCACCAGAUCAAGAUAUAACAGUCACUCUCAUCUCUACUACAAAGGAAGGCUAUUCUUUACCAUUAAUCGAUCCAGUUCAUCCUUCCAAUUCUUUUUCAAAAUCUACUUUUUUAACUCAAAAUAAAUGGACAAAUAUAAAGUUGGAUUUAGAGUAUUUCCCAUUUAAUAGUUUUAGGGGUGUAUGGUUUCUUCAAAAACAUCCAAACACUUCAAUCUUUAUUGACAAUAUCAUUUUAGAACCUCAACUAAUCCAAAGAAAUUAUGGAAUCAUUUAUCAUAGUGGGAUGAUUGGAUACGGUAUUUUAAUUCGUGACAAUGAUCAAACUAAACUAUUCCAAAAUGAUGUAGUAUUUAAAGGAAGUGAAAACUCUAUUGAAAUGGAUAUUUCUAAAAAUAGUACAUUAUUAUUUCAAUAUACUUCUUUCCUUAGACCAAAAAAUAUGAGUUUAUCAUUUUUAAUAAAUUGGGGAAGUUUAGGUAAUGGUGGAAAAAAAAUUAUAGAAACAACAGAACAAGCAGAAAAAAAGAAAAAAGAUAAAAAGGAUAAUGAUAAAAAGGAUAAAGAAAAGGAUAAAGAUAAAAAAAAGAAAUCAAAUGAUGAUGAUAAAAAGAAAAAAGAUAAAAAGGAUAACGAUAAAAAGGAUAAAGAUAAAAAUGAUAAAGAUAAAAAGGAUAAAGAUAAAGAUAAUAAUCAUAAUAAUAUUUUUGAAAAUCCAACUACCAAUAAUACUACCAAUAAUGAUAAAGAUAGUGAUGAUAAAGAUAAAGAUAAAGAUGAUGAUGAUGAUGAUAAAUUGAUAAUAGAUUCAAUUACACUUAGUUUUAUACCAUCAUUACAAAUUGAACAAACAAAAAAAUUUACCUUUAAUAGAAACAAACAAAAAGGUUGGAAUAGAAUGACAGUAAAAAUACCAGAAUCAACAUUUUCUGGAUUUUCAUUUAGUGUACCAUCAAAUCUAACAGAAAAAUAUAAUGUUUAUUUUGAUGAUGUUAGAAUUGAAAUAUUGGUACAACCACAAAACCUAUCGUUUGGAAAAUAUCAAACCAUUGAAGACAAGAGAAACCAAGUUUUAUAUCAAUUGGACAAUCAAACCACCACCACCUCGCCCAAUUCAACUGAAAAGGAAAUUACAUCUUCAUUUCCAGGAUCUAGAUAUUUCCCUUUUACAAAGUUGUCAUUAGACUAUGUCACUUCUACCAAUGGUGUAGUUAGUAAAUGGGUAGAAGGAUUUCCAACCAUUACAUUGAAAACAACCCAAACACGUGUAGUAGGAAGAGGAGAUUUUGUUUCUUUUGAAAAUGAACAGUUACAAUCGCUGGUUGGACCUGGACCACUAGAAGUUUUGUUUCAAAAAGAAACGGAAAUGAAUGAUUUCCAAUUCCUACAUUUAGACUUUUCAUUUCCAACCAAUCAAUUCUAUUUGGUUGUUGGAGCAGUAGACAACUUUGAAGAUAUUUGGAUAUCGGCCACUGACCAAAAGUUUGCCACCGUCAUGAAAUGGAAUCUGUUGGCAAGUGGGUUCCUCAACCCUCUGGGAAAUGAAACCGAUUCAAUGAUCAAAUACAAGGUUAAAAACCAGGCUCUCUAUCUCACUGCUGGCAAGGGUGAUAAUUCAUUGCCACUAGGUACUCAUCGCAACUAUAUCGUCGUUCAACCAGUCGACAAGGUAUCAACCUUGUCCUUUUCGAUGGUAUCCAGUGUUGAUUCCUCUCUUGUUUUUUAUUCUCUUUAUGCAAUCUCACCAAAUACAACCAAUUCAAUUAAUGCUACUAGUAUUAAUCCAAUUCCUUUAAAUAAUAUUAAUUCAACAAUCAUUUCAAAAUAA